UUAGCUUUGGAAACUGAAGCUCUACGUGUAGACUAGCCACCCUGCAUCUCCUCUCUUGUGGAUUUCAUCUUUCAUCCGAUCCGAUCAUGCCUAUUGGGACACUUGAAGUUCUUCUUGUUGAUGCCAAAGGCCUCGACAACAAUGAUUUUAUGGCUGACAUGGAUCCCUAUGUCCUUUUGACUGUACGUUCCCAAGAGAAGAAAAGCACUGUGGUCUCAGCUCAAGGCUCUAACCCAGAAUGGAAUGAGACUUUUCUAUUCACCAUCUCGGACGAUUCUGUGGACCUUCACUUGAAAAUAAUGGAUAAGGACAACUUCAGUGCAGAUGAUUAUGUUGGAGAAGCAAUCAUUUCUUUGGAGCCUGUUUUUGAAGAAGGAAGCCUUUUGCCAACUGUAUACAAUGUUGUCAAUCAGGAGAAGGAAUAUCGUGGAGGGAUUAAAGUUGGACUCAAAUUCACUCCCGGGGAUGAGCAAGAGAGAAGGGAGUAUGGUUCUGGACAGGGAGCUGAAGCAGAGGAGAGCUAUGGUGGAUGGAAACAAUCUGGUUACAGUGAGGAGUAGGUGUGUAUAAAACCAUUGAUUUCAAGAUGACCUUGAGAGAUGUUCAUUUAGCUGCCUGAUGUUGUCCUGCGUAUUUGCCUCAAGUUCUUUAAGCUUGAAUAAUUGUCUACGUUACUGAUUUCAUUUGCUUGUUUCAUACAUGGGUUACCUCCUUGUUGUACCCAAUCUCUCUACUUAAAACAAUGAAGUUAUUUGUUUCAAUUAACUUAAGAACAGAUCAUCCAUCAUAUGUCAAUACGCACUGUGCCCUUAUGUC